UGGAUAAGAAGAAGUGAGAGAGAGAGAUAUGGUGGUAAAGUUUCAGGGAUUGGUAGCCGGUGAUGCUCGCUGCAUCUAGCAGGCUCUACCGAUCGCCGGUGGUCCUAACUGCACUUUGAUUGGCUGUGCUCCUCUUUGGAGGGAGGGAGAUCGAAAGGCUGAACCAUCCAAAAUAGAAAAUUACGUCACACUUUCCCAUGACAACCCCAGCCCCCUUAGAUUGGAAGGGAGUCCCUCUGUAUUGGUUCAUCUUCCUUCAUCAUCACCACCACCUAUCUCUCUCCGUCCCUGUCUCUCACGUUCGAUCGCCGUACGUCUAGUCUGCGCUCGAUCCGAAAUUUCCCCUGAGCUGGAGUUCGCGAAAUGCAUGCUGGGAACGGGUGAGGUAGCGGCUAGCAAAGAUGGCGGACGGUGAGGAUAGCUCCGCCGGUGGGAAGCCGAAAUCGGCGCUUAUGCGCCGCCAUGAACAACUUCAACGAUGGAAAGAUUCGGAAUUUGAUAGAGAACCAGCUGAAAGAAAUGCAAAGAAAGCCAAAGUGAAAUUUGCGGCAGGAUGUGUAUUUCUAGCGGCCUGUGCAAGCGAGGAUUUGGAUGAGAUCGAAGCACUUAUGAAGCGGGGAGCGGACAUAAAUUAUGCUAAUAUCGAUGGCUUGACUGCCCUGCAUCAGGCUGUCAUUGAUGAAAAGAUUGAUAUGGUGGAAUAUCUGUUAGAACAUGGAGCAGAUAUAGAAGCACAGGACAAUGAAGGCUGGACAGCGCUACAUGCCGCAGCCUCCUGUGGAUUUGAAGACAUUGCAUCAUAUUUAAUAGAAAAUGGGGCCGACUUAGUAGCAUGUAACAAUGAAGGGGAAUUACCGAUGGAUUUGGCGGAGGAAGAGGACAUGGAGGAAUUUUUACAAGAUGAAAUGGAUAAACAAGAUUUAGAUGUAGAUCAGGCAAGAACGGAGGAGCAUGAUAAGAUGUUAGAAGAUGCUAAACAAUGGUUAAAUAGCAAACAAGUCAAAGACAGGCGGCAUCCAAAAACUGGUGCUACCUCCCUCCAUGUUGCUUCUGCCAAAGGAUAUAUCAAAGUUAUGGAACUUCUUAUACAAGCAGGGGUUGACGUGAACGCAAAGGAUAACGAUGGAUGGACGCCACUCCACGCGGCGUCACAUUGGGGUCAUAAAGAUGCCUGUGAAGUUUUAGUAAAAGCCAUGUGCGAUAUGGACGCAAAAAAUAGAUUAAAUCAUACAGCAUUCGAUUUAGCAGACGAAGAAAUUCUAAAAUGGCUCGAGGAACUCAAAAAGAAACAAGCAUCAAUGAAGAAGGACGAGCCAACCGCUCCCCGGAUUGACACAAAAGUACCUCCACCAUUGAAACGAAGGAGGCCUUCCCGCGGUCGCCGAUACAGUGAUGCAAUAACGAGCGAUGAGGAGAUCGAGAAGGCGUUGAGACUAUUACGGAAGUAUCAGGCUAACCAAGAUAAACCCGAACAGCCCCGCAGGUCGUCUGUUACUCGAAUAAGCGUCCCAGAUCGGAACAUGCUUCUCCACCAAGACAUGGCGAAGGAAAGGAAAGAACUGGAAAAGAAAAUGCACGGAGGGGAUAAGGUCAAGAAGACGAUGGAAUCAUCGAGUUCCAGCGAGGAGGAAAGUGAAAGCGAGGAGGAGAGCUCUGAAGAAGAGAGCGAGGAAGAGAAGAACAGCGACAAGAACCCGACCCCGGUCCGAAGGCCGCUCGAAGUCAACAGUAGACUCGGCCGCCCGACGAUCACUCCUCAGCCUUCCGCUCCAUCGAAAAAAGAAAUGCCUAGUUUUUCACCCAAACCCUUAGCCCCUCAGCAAGCGCAGGUCAAGCUGCCCCCUCCCAAGCAGGAGAAGAAACAAGAAGAAGAAGUUCCAGCCUGGAGGACGGGUCUCAGGAAGACCACCAGUUCCAGCACGGUCCCGGAACCCAAGAAGACCGAAACCCAGGCUGAUAAGUUGGCCCGGUCCGCUUCCACGCCCCGAAUACCAACCUCAAAGCCAGAAACUAAGCCUCCAGCACCCUGGGAGAACCAGCGGGUAUCUCGACCAGCGCCCCCUUCCUCCACCAAAACAGUGGAGUCGGAACCCAGCAGAGAGGUCAUACUCCCCUCUCCACGGGGCAGCGGAAGGCGCCGUAUCGCUGCCGAGAUUACCACAGACCAGGAUAGGACGGAGCCGGCCCGGGAUCGCACUAUCCGGGACCGGAGCGUUCCCAGCGCGAUCACAACACCUAGUACUACCAACGAUACCACCUCCACCACUUGCAAUAAUAACACCUCUGUGGGUAGCUCUGCAACCACCACGAUACCUCCAUCACGAAGGUCGAUUAUGACACCGUCGAAGGAGGAGGAGUCAGAAACGCAGAGGAAAGCACGGGCAAAGAGGGAGCGAUCAAGUCGGAGAUCAACGCAGGGUGUUUCAGCAGAAGAUAUAGAAAGUGCCGUCAGUACCUUGAAAAAUAGUGAACCUAAGACGCAAGAUAACAGAGUAUCCGAAAACAAUAAACAAGAAACGCCAAGAUUGCGACCAAGGAUAUCAGCUUCUACAGUAGAGAAUAAGGAUGAUAAGCCAGAGGAACCUCAGACAAUGACUUUUGUGGCGCGACCGAGUAGAAGCACAACCUCAGACUCAAGCAGUACCCCUACAGCCACAGCAAGACUAGGGAGAGCCAACAGGGAUGAUAAAUCAGCAACUGAUGAAGCGAAAGAGCGGGCGAAGGAGCGGGAGAAGGAACAGGAUGCCUUGAAGAAGAAUAGCACCGGUAACACCGCCCUCUCCAGGAGGAGACCGAGAGAGAAGAGGAGAGACACCGGGGUAAUUCAUCCUGUCGCAGAGGUGAAGGACCCACUUUGAUUCAUUUUUUCUCGGCUCAUUAAAACAAACAAAAAACAGCAUCAAAGACUUCACCAAAGAGAUCCGAUGCUCACGCUAACAAUUGAUAAACCAUGUAGACACAUUCCCUCAACUCGCCGUUAGGUUUUAUGCCCUUCUUUUCUCAAAGCUCAUUGAUUCAAUAACACUCUACCAUAGCAUUAUAAAUCAUCGUGUAAAAUCUUAUCAUUAUAUAUGGACCAGUGCCAGAGAACUAACAGACUUUUCCAUUUUUUCUUUAGGGUUUUAUUGUCUCCACAAUGACUUUAUUCCAUGAUUGUGGUUCAUGCAAAAAUAUGUCCACAUCUCUUCCAUUGUCCAUUUCUUUAUCCUUUGAUGGCCUGGGUAACAACAUUUCAGAAAUGUCACAUGUCAGACCUAACUUGAAUGGUGUGAAUACAAACCCUUUACAAAAUCCAUCCUAUUGAUGUUUGUUGGCCAUACCUUAAGUAAAACGGUCAUGCUCGAAAUUCAUCAACACAAACAGAAUUUGCUCAAAGUAUAAAAAUGCCCCCCCCCCCUGCAAAAAAAAAAAUGGCAUGAGGGAAUUACUUUGUCUUAAGACCUUAAUCAUGUCCAUGCUAUUUAUAUUAACGGGCCAUAACCAAGUUUAAAAUGGCAUGUAUGAAAUUCAUGACCGAAAAAAUGCAUUUGCUAAGAAAAUGAAAACAACAGUCCCGUCCCUCUCCCCAUUAAGUAAAGAUCAAGUUUUUGUGGCUUUGAGGUUUCAGCACCAUUUGUGUUAGCUGGUCAUGUCCAAAAUCAGCACAAAACAGAGCAUUUGCUUGGCAGUGAAAUCAACGACACCCCCCCCCCCCCCCCCGAAAAAAAGAUGUCAAAUUAGCAUCAUUCAUGCCGCUGAUAUCACCUGGCCAUAUGUAAAGUGAAGAAAAAUAGGCCUGCCCCAAAUUGAGUAACAAAAGGAACUUUUGCUAGGCAAUAAAAUCAAUGGACAGCCCUCCCCCCCCCCCCAUCAAAAGGAAAAACGCAAAAGCCAUAUCAACAUUAUUCAUGCUGCUAUUAGCAGACAAUAUCUAAAGUGAAAGAAAAAUAGGAAUGACCAAAAUCAUCACCCAAAAGAACAUUUCCUAGGCAAAAUAAGGCAAUGAAAUACACAACCACCCCUUC